CACACACAACAUAUAAAUUAGGGGUUCCUCGUCACUAACGCGGUUUCGGUGGGUCCCACAACACCCAACACUGAGAAAGAAACACCAUUCUUCUCCGUGUUCUGUCUCUAUCUGCUAAUUACCACAAAGAAGAACUUGCAAAUCCCUUCUCUUUUGUUCAAGUCGUACGACAGAGCCUUUGAAAGAAAGAACUGGUGGGGAAGCGUUAAGCUACAGAUAACUCCAAGAUACGGGUCUUUGUUUGUUUUGAAGAUCAGAUUCAUUUUACGAUAAUUCCGUUACUCGUUAUUGUGUAUAUAUAUCUCUUUCCCGGAAAUUUCGGUUCUUGUUGUACAAAAACUCCAAAAAAACGCAUAAAAAAUAUUCUGUAAAUGGUUGAAAUUCUCUGGGAAUUUCAACGGGUCUUGUGGUAUCAUGUCACAGAAGAGAGAGUUUGAAGAAGGGAAAGGUCGAAUUGAGGGCGGCUCAUCCGAAGACAAGCGUAGAAGAUUCAAAAGUGUGGUUCAGGAGGUAAUGAGAUUACAAACCGUCAAACAUUUUCUCGAACCUGUUCUCGAGCCCUUAAUUCGUAAAGUGGUCAAAGAAGAAGUUGAAUUAGCUCUUGGAAAGCAUCUAGCAGGCAUCAAGUGGAUUUGUGAGAAAGAGACUCAUCCUUUGGAAUCAAGGAAUCUACAGUUAAAGUUCUUGAACAAUCUAUCGCUUCCCGUGUUUACUUCAGCUCGGAUAGAAGGAGAUGAAGGCCAAGCUAUAAGAGUUGGAUUAAUAGACCCUUCAACUGGCCAAAUUUUCUCUUCUGGUCCUGCAUCAUCCGCCAAACUCGAAGUUUUUGUCGUUGAGGGUGAUUUUAACAGUGUUAGUGAUUGGACUGAUGAGGAUAUCAGGAAUAACAUUGUAAGAGAGAGAGAAGGAAAGAAACCUCUACUCAAUGGGAAUGUAUUUGCGGUUCUUAAUGAUGGCAUUGGUGUUAUGGAUGAAAUCUCAUUUACAGAUAACUCUAGCUGGACUAGGAGCAGGAAGUUCAGACUCGGGGUACGAAUAGUGGAUCAGUUUGAUUAUGUCAAAAUUAGAGAGGCAAUAACAGAGUCCUUUGUCGUAAGAGAUCAUCGAGGAGAGUUGUACAAAAAGCAUCAUCCUCCUUCUCUUUUCGAUGAAGUAUGGAGAUUGGAAAAGAUAGGGAAAGAUGGAGCAUUUCACAGACGACUGAAUUUGUCAAAUAUAAACACUGUCAAGGAUUUCUUAACACAUUUCCAUUUAAACUCUUCAAAACUCCGACAAGUAAGAUUCGUCUUCCUUACUCUGUGCCUAUGUGACUAAGGCUUCUGUGGUGGGCGUGAAUCUUUUGUGUCACCAGUAAUAAUGGUUCUUGGUACGGGUAUGUCUUCAAAGAUGUGGGAAAUUACUUUGGACCAUGCUCGAUCAUGUGUUCUAGAUAGUAGCGUCCAUGUGUACCAAGCUCCUGGAUUUCAGAAGAAAACAGCUGUUGUCUUCAACGUCGUAGCUCAAGUGCUUGGACUGCUCGUGGAUUUUCAGUAUAUUCCUGCUGAAAAGUUAUCAGAGAUUGAAAAGGCUCAAGCGGAGGUGAUGGUAAUUGAUGCAUUGAGUCACCUAAAUGAAGUAAUCUCGUAUGAUGAUGAGGUUUCCAUGAUGAGGAACGUUCUCAAUGCCCCGGCUUCUCAAGGCAGUGUUGCCGGGAUUGAUUAUUCGGGUCUGAGUUUGACCAGUUUGGACGGAUACGGUUUUGUGUCAAGUCUUCACAACACAGCAGAAUGUAGUGGCAAGCACAGUGAUGAUGUUGACAUGGAAGUUACUCCACAUGGUUUAUAUGAAGACUACGACAAUCUCUGGAACUGCUCUCACAUUCUAGGCUUAGAAGAACCGCAAUCUGAGUUGCAGAGUGCGCUUGACGAUUUCAUGUCACAGAAGAAUGCUUCGGUCGGUGGUAAGGCUCACAGCAAAAGAUGGACAAAGCUUUUCAGUGUCUCGAGAUGGCUCUCUGUUUUCAAGUAUGUCAAGUUAGGAAAAAUAUAAAAUGAGUUUAGUACACAAAAGAACAAAACGACUCGCUGCGCCGCGCCCUGGACAGAUUCGUGUAUAUAUAUACUCGGGGAAAGCUUGGGUUUCUGAUGAUCCAGAGGCGUUCAAAAGUGUUUUCUUUCUUCUUCUUCUUCUGGUUGUCUCCAUCUUUGUGUUAAAGAUGUGAAUAUAUGUUUUAGGACAGCUUCAUUUUUGUUGAAAGCUUAAAAAACAGGGUCUUUUAUAAUCUCUGUGAUUAGUACCAAAUUGCAGAUUUGCAGAACUACGUUUUUCUUGGUUUGUCAGGUAAUGUGAAACUGAAUAAAAUGAAUAUUAUUUGAAUCAACUGAGAUUUUACAUUA